UGUGUGCUUGUGCGUGUGUGUGUGUGAAAAGUCAUACGUAUGUAUGAUAGGAAAGGGGCGGUAGUCCGCGGUGUGUGUACAAGGGAAUAUGCCAUUUCAGUUCGAAAUUUUGUUCCUUCAACACAUUAUUCUUGAACGAGCGUCUUAAGUUGUCGAGACAAUUAAAAUGGGAUCGGACAAACAGCCAGUCGGUUUACUAGAUACCCUAAACAUGGAAAAAGUGAGGACGAUUUUCACUCACACGUACCCUUACCCGCACGAGCAUUCGCGCCAUGCUGUCAUCGCCGUGUUUAUCGGUUGCCUAUUCUUCAUCUCGUCGGAUAACAUGCACACACUUAUUCAGAAAUUGGACAGCAAUAUUAAAUGGUGGUCAAUGUACGCGUGUCUGCUCGGCUUCUUCUAUUUCUUCUCUUCUCCGUUCAUCGGCAAAACAAUCAAACCUAGUUACUCCAACUUCAGUCGCUGGUAUAUAGGGUGGAUAUUAGUGGCGGCAUUAUAUCACCUUCCGAGUUUUCAAUCAAUGGGAGUUGAUAUGAGGAUGAAUCUUUCUUUAUUCUUAACAAUAUACAUAUCUUCGAUUCUGUUCCUUCUCGUAUUCCACAUUGUAUUCAUCGGCCUUUGGUAUAUCGGCCUUGUUGCCCGUGUGGCGGGAAGGAGACCUGCGAUUCUGACGAUUCUUCAAAACUGCGCUGUUAUAAGUGUAGCGUGUUGUGUAUUUUAUAGCCACUGUGGCAACCGAGCUAUUAUGAGGCAAAAGACGUAUGAUAGGAAGUACUCGGGUUGGUUUACACUGUGGAACAAGGAAGAGCGGAAUUCUUGGCUUGCGAAAUUCGUUCGUAUGAACGAAUUUAAAGAUCAAGUUUGCUCGUCUUGGUUUGCCCCCGUUGGUUCUGCUACAGAUUAUCCGUUUUUAUCCAAAUGGGUUAUUUACGGAGAGCUUACUUGUAGUGGUGGCUCGUGUGGAGAAUCGGCGGACGAAAUUUCACCUAUAUAUUCAUUGUGGGCCACUUUUAUAGGCCUUUACAUUGCAAAUUAUGUUGUGGAAAGAUCGACGGGUUGGGCUCUUACUCACCCUGUGUCACAAAAAGAAUUCGAGAAGUUGAAAAAGAAGCAAAUGAAGCCCGAUUUUUUGGAUAUGGUUCCUUGGUACUCAGGGACAUCUGCGGAUUUGUUUAAGACAGUCUUUGACCUGCUGGUCUCGGUAACCGUAUUUGUCGGGCGUUUUGACAUGCGAAUGAUGCAGGCAGCAAUGAGCAAAGUUGAAGAUGCAGCUAAGCAAGACGAUCUUUUGUACGACCAAUUCAGCGAACAAGACGAACUUUGGUUUGACUUUAUGGCAGAUACUGGUGAUGGUGGAAAUUCUUCGUAUAGUGUUGCAAGACUUCUUGCUCAGCCGUCGAUUAGGAUUCGGGAUUCUAAAAUUACACUCCCACGUGCUAAUCUGCUCUUUAUUGGCGGUGAUCUUGCGUAUCCAAAUCCAUCAGCAUUUACAUACGAGAGACGGCUUUUUCGUCCCUUUGAAUAUGCUCUUCAGCCCCCCGUCUGGUAUAAAGAGGAGCACAUAGCUGUAAAUAAACCGGAACUGCCACGUGGCGUUACUACACUCAAGCAGUACGAAGGGCCUCAGUGCUUCGUCAUUCCCGGAAAUCACGAUUGGUUCGACGGGCUUCAGACAUUUAUGAGGUAUAUUUGUCACAAGAGCUGGUUAGGCGGAUGGUUUAUGCCGCAAAAGAAAAGCUAUUUCGCUCUUCAGUUACCGAAAGGGUGGUGGGUUUUCGGUCUCGACCUUGCUCUACAUUGCGAUAUCGAUGUCUACCAAUUCAAGUUUUUUUCUGAACUUAUUAGGGAAAAGGUCGGCGAAUCCGACUCUGUAAUAAUAAUGACACACGAGCCGAAUUGGCUUCUCGAUUGGUACUGGGAUGAUGUGACUGGACAAAAUAUCUCGCACUUAAUACGCGACCAUUUACGAGGGAGGUGUAAGCUUCGUAUGGCUGGCGAUUUGCAUCAUUACAUGCGUCAUUCAUAUGUACCGUCUGAAAAGCCCGUUUAUGUCCAGCAUUUGCUCGUUAAUGGCUGUGGCGGUGCUUUUCUUCAUCCAACUCACGUCUUUAGUAAUUUCAAUAGUUUAUACGGUACAUCUUAUGAAAGCAAGGCGUCUUAUCCUUCUUUCGAAGACUCGAGCAGGAUUGCUUUAGGGAAUAUAUUGAAGUUUCGGAAGAAGAAUUGGCAGUUUGACUUCAUAGGUGGUAUCAUAUACUUCAUCUUGGUCUUCUCCAUGUUUCCACAGUGUAAGCUAGAUCACAUACUACAGGACGACACGUUUUCCGGUCACAUAACGAGCUUUUUAGGGACAGUGUGGGAUGCUUUCACCUACAUGCUCGGAAAGUCGUAUGUAUCUUCUGCCGGUGCUUUCUUUCUGUUAGUGACAGCUGUCACUUUUGUACCGUCAAAAGUGUCGCGAAAGAGAAGACUAAUAAUCGGGAUUCUCCAUGUUUCUGCCCAUUUAUCCGCCGCCCUUAUACUAAUGCUGCUCUUGGAAUUAGGCGUCGAAACAUGCAUCAGACAUAACUUGUUAGCAACUUCAGGUUACCAUACUCUAUACGAAUGGUAUCGAUCGACGGAGAGCGAACAUUUUCCGGACCCCACUGGCUUGCGGGCCCGUAUAGAGCAAUGGACAUUCGGACUUUAUCCUGCAUGCAUCAAGUAUCUGAUGUCAGCAUUUGAUGUUCCUGAGGUGAUGGCUGUGAGCAGGAAUAAUAUCUGCAAGAACGGGAUGGAUUCACUUUCUCGAGGUGGAGCGGCAAUAUACUAUGCGUCGGUCUUCCUUUAUUUCUGGGUUUUUUCGACUCCUAUUGUUUCGUUGGUUUUCGGAAGCUACCUUUAUAUCUGCAUAAAUUGGCUUCACAUACACUUUGAUGAAGCUUUCUCGUCGCUCCGAAUCGCCAACUACAAGUCGUUUACUCGGUUCCAUAUAAACCCUAAAGGCGAUCUUGAAGUUUACACCCUUGCUGUAGAUAAGGUGCCAAAGGAGUGGAAGUUGGAUCCAAGUUGGGAAGUAGAAUCGAAACUACCGCAAAACCAGAGUCACUUUAGGAAAUUUCCGAGCAAAUGGAGAUCGGUUUCGUCACAGCAAGAUCCGGUCAACACCGUUCGGAUAGUUGACCACUUUGUUAUUGAACAAACAGUAAAACCUGAAUUUGUUGCCUCAGUUAAUGGAUCAGUAGCUCAUUGAUUCAAGAAAAAAAAGGGCUUUCAUCUUUAUUAUCUCAGUAUUAUAAGCUGUAUGCUUUAGAAGCAGUAGAAAUAUUAUUAUUAUUAUUAUUAUUAUUUAUUUUUUUAUUAGAAAUUAUGUUAGGGUAGAAUAUUGUACAGUAAGUAUCUGUAGUCUUGUAGAAUUUAAGUAAGCAAAAGGGCGAAUGGAAAGAGAAAAAGAAAAAACCAAAAUUAAAAAGGAUGAAAAAGUCUUCAAUCUUAUAAUUUUCUAUAUAUCUACUCUUUUGUAUUAGUCCAA